AUGAAGACGGAUAUGUCGGCGUAUCGGAAACCUGGGUACGAGUCUCAGAUGCUUAACAGACAGGUGACGUCGCGCAAGGCGCUGUAUGGCGGCGACGGGAAAUAUUCGCAGCUCAUGUCAAGUAUCUCCACGAUCGUGGAUGAGGAUGAGCAGAGUCUGUUGAGCGCGGUGUUGGAAACGUUCUCAGGUUCCGCGAGGGAAGGCACUAAUAAUUCCGACCAGUAUUCUGACAGCAAUUUCGCUGGAGGCUACGCACAAAAGCCGAUACUGGAUUCCGUGCCGUCAAACGAGCCCUUCGCCGAGUUAUAUCCGGCGGAUUCGUUUCCGCUGUGUGACCCUGUGUGUCAGGGUGACGAGGGCUUCAGGUGGAGCUUGUCGUCACCAAGCAGCUGCUUCGGCACCGAGAAGGCGCAGCUGUACGAGCGUCUGUUCGACUCGUACAUCACCCUGUUCAACGCCGAGGAUUCUGCAGUCGACGUUCCUGCUCCCGCGGAUGCGUCGCGUGUCGGCGAUAAGCCUGUGUCUCCUUCUUGGGAGGCCAUGGAGGCGCUCCGUGGGUUCGACGGCCUCAGCAUCUCUGAGCGUCCCGCAGUCGGCGGGCCGCGUGAGAGCCGUCGCAAGGCUGAGCCAACCAAUGUAGUGGACAAGAGCAAGAGUCUCUGGAAGAGGAAACGCAGCAAGUUCAAGACGCUCGAAAAGAGGGCGAUUCCACCGUUAACCGGUGUCGAUUUUCAAGAAGCAAUGGAGUUUUUAAAGCAGAUUGUCGAGUCGCUUUACCGCGACCAGAUGCCCCCCACUUUUUUCAACGUACGCAGUCGCUUCGUGGAGUUUGACACGAAGAACAUUCCAGUGGAGCACAUCAUGAACAUUUGUCAGCGUCGUCCCGACGUGUUCCGCGUCGAGACUAACGACGCCCUGAACCAAACGUACAUCUAUUUCGUGAAGCCGCCGAGCUACUUCACGAAGUGGAUCGACCGCAACGACUUAACGGACGUCUACCCCGAGGAGAUGUGGGACAAGUUCCUUGACUUUUUGGUCGAGUUGGUGAACAACCCUGACCACGUGAUGCCCGUUUUCCCCGGUAGCAUCUACGGUACGGCUAAGGUGUUCCAGAAGUUGGAGCUGGAGUUCUUUGAGGGUAUGACGCUGGGCGUGCUCUGCCACGUUGUGCAGCUGGCGGUUCGCGUCCGCAAGCUGUUGAUGUAUGAGCUCAAGACCCUUAAGCCGAACCUGCUAGCAAUUCUGCAGGCGUGCAUCAAGCGGUCUAAAUGA